UUGGCACUCCAAGAUGGAGACUUGACGGGUGCCCUUGAAGCCUAUCAAGCGGCACUGGCGAUUAAGCCAAAUGCCAGUAAGGUCCAAUUCCAAAUCGCCAAGCUCUACUUUGAACAGGAGGAAUACGAAAAAGCGAGGGACGCCUUCGCCGCUACAGUAACACUUGACCCCAAGAAUAUGGAUGCGCGCAAUUCUUUGGGCUACAUCUAUGAGCAACUGAACAACUAUGAAGCUGCGGCACAGGUUUACGAGGAUACUUUGGAGGUUAAGUCGCAUAACCUGUAUGCCCUCAACCAUCUCGGUUUGGCUUACAAGCAGUUAGGCAGGCUCGACGACGCUGAACGGGUUUUGCGAAAGAGCGGUAGAGGUUGA